CCGUAUUUUUUGUUUUGUUUUUAGAAACAUUUAAUAAAAAAGGAUUAAGAUGGAAAGUUAUUCAGAAGAUGAAAGAAAUUUUCAAACUCCUGAAUAUCUAAAACCCAAAUUUAAUGGUUUAGAAGGAAAAUACAUUCAUUCUACGCCAUUAUCUCAAUCUAAUCCUUAUCCAGUAUUUCAUUCAAUGUCAUCAGGUUUUACAGGAUAUAAAGAUAUAUUAACCAAUGAGAAAACAACACCUCUUUAUAUACCAUUAUCAGAUGAAGGUUAUUCAUCAGUUGGAUCUGGUUCAACUCCAACUGGUUUCUCAAAUAAUUUACCGACAUCUGAAUUAAUAAAUCAAUAUAAAGAUUAUGGAUCUGUUGAAUGUAUUCAUAAUUCUAUUAAUCAAAAAGAAAAACUAGAAAUUGUUGCAUUGGAAUUGUUAAAUCAAGCUCGUCUAAUUCCAAAUUAUUCUUGUCAUAGACAUUUACAUAAUAGAAAUAAUUUAGGAAUAAAUGAAGUGAAUGAUAAAUCACAACUAUCAUAUUAUAAAGAAUUGAAUGAUAAAUAUCAUUCAUUAUUACAAUCUAAUAUAAAAUAUGGAAAUUAUAAUUAUCCAUCUAUGAUUAAUCAAAAUAAUGAAUGUAUUAAUUUAAGUCAACAAGAUUUAAAUUGUACAAAAUUAUUAUCUUCAAUUAAUAUAAACAAUUUACAAUAUCAAAAUAAUAAACAAUCUUUCAAUGAUCAAUUGGAUUAUUUAAAACCAUUUGAAAAGAUUAAUAAAACUAUUAAAAAUGAUAAUAAUAUAGAUACUGAUCAAUCAGUUGAAAGUCGUAAUCAAAUAUGUAAUCAAAUUCUGAAUCAAGUUCGUCGUGAAAUGAUUCGACUUAUUGAUAAUAGUAUGCAUCAAUUAGAAACAUAUUUACAAAAUUAUCAUUAUAAAGAUUGGUAUAAUUCAUCAACAAUAUUAAAUUAUUGUAAUUCAAUGAAAUCUGUACAAUUUGAUGGUAUACAAGAUUGUGAUGUGACACCACUUAAUUUAAAAUUUACAAAAAAUAAUAAUGAUAUAGAAUUGGAAAAUGUUAACAAUAAGCAAUCUAAUCAGAAUCAAUCAAGUGAAGUAGAGUUUAUUCCUAAUGAUAUUGUAUCAUCUGAACAAGAAUCUGCUAAUUCAAAGUGUACAAUCAUAACAUCAAAAGAAUCAUCCACUUAUUCAACAAGAAUAAAACCAUUACGUUAUACUACUACUACUACUAAUAAUAAAACACGUCGAUUAAGAAUUCAUCAAUUUAAUAGUCAAUUAUUUGUUGAUAGAAAUCAAACAAGAAAAUUAAAUAAAUUAUCACCAAGUUGUAAUAAACGUCGGUUAAAUAAUGAUAUAGAAGAAUUUCCAAAUAAAAUUCCUCAUUUAGAUGAAUCAUUAGAUUUAAGAAUUCAUCAAAAUGACCAUGAAGAUAAUAAUAACAAUAACAAAACAGAUCUAAUUAUUUCAUCAGAUAAUCAUUCAAGUAAUUGUUCUCAAACACGUUUGAAAAGAUCAAUAAUUAAUAGUCAAACUAAAACAGCGACAUUGAGUGCAGCUCAUUUGAAAAAAGCUAAAAUGAUGUUCAUGUAUUCCCGUUACCCAACAUCAAGUCUAUUGAAGUCAUAUUUUCCAGAAGUUUGUUUUAAUCGUGGAUCUACUGCACAGUUGGUAAAAUGGUUUAGUAAUUUCCGGUAAGCUUUUGUACAAAAAAUAUCUUAAUCAUAAAUAUCUAUACAUGAAUGCACAACACCUCCGAUUGUACAAUGUUCAUAUCAUCGAAUUCACUGUUCUCUAACAUCAGUUGGAGGAUGGAGAAAAAGAGGAAAGGACAUAGUCGAAUCGGUCUGCACAAAAGAGUUUUUUUACAUACAGAUCGAAAAAUUUGUUCGUCAACAAAAAGCAACCGGUUUAAAGAAAGCAGAUGAUAUUAGACUAUCACGUGAACAUGAAUUAAUACGUAGCAUGGAAACACAUUUUAAUAAAGGUGACGAAAUUGAAACUCCGAAAGAAUUUCUUGAAGCUAUUCAAAUUACAGUAUGGGAAUUCGCUGAUGCAAUUUUAAAUGAACGUGAUGUUAAUUCAUCAUGGAAAAAAACUAUUUAUAAAAAGAUUUCUAUAUUAGAUAUACAAUUUCCAGAAUUCUUUAAAUGUUAAUUGUAUUUGUUUAAUAUUUAGAUAUGAUAAUCUAUUUAUAUGUAAGAACAUUUUCUAAACUUCUAAUCUAUUCUUUCAUUGCUUAUUUCAUUUUUCUAUCCAUAUUUUCCUCACAUAUUAUCUCUUUAUUAUUUAAGUAGUAUGAUUUUCUUUCUUAUUAAUUUACUUAUUUAGUUCAUUGUAGACAGAAUUUUAGUUAUAAUAUAUAAUCAUAAUACCAAAUAUUGCUAUUAAUGUAU